CAACCAACUCUAGUACAAGCGAUGCCAAGCGAGAGUCCGAUUUUGCAUUGAGUAGACAGAGACGUACAAAUGUUUCGUGCUCUUUCUAUCAAGUGCAAAAUCAGAAACUCGCUGUUUCACUGUUUCUCGUUCAAAAUGGCUAAGUAAAAAACUCUAAACAAAACCACGUAAUUUAUGAAAGAAACUGAUCGGUCCGUUGUGUCUAACCACGCGCUCCUCUUACGCAGGUACCCAAUACUGUUUAAAAAUGUCCGAUAUUACAGAAGUUUCGAGUAGCAAAGUCUUUGGAGGAUGGCAAAAAGUUUAUUCUCACAAUAGUUCUGAACUACAAUGUAAAAUGAAUUUUGGAAUUUUUCUUCCUGCUCAAAUUGAAGAAGAAUCUGUACCAGUUAUCUACUGGCUAUCCGGUUUGACGUGUACGGAAGCUAAUUUUAUUCAAAAAGCAGGAGCACAAAAAUAUGCUUCCGAGCAUGGAGUAGUUUUAGUCGCACCCGAUACAAGUCCUCGUAAUGUUAAUAUACCCGGGGAAGAUGAUAGCUGGGACUUUGGAUCUGGUGCUGGUUUUUACGUCGACGCGACGAAUGAACCCUGGGAAAAGAAUUAUAGAAUGUACAGUUACAUUACUAAGGAACUGCCAGCUUUGAUUAAUGACAAAUUUCCAGUCUUACCACAUAAGCAGUCCAUAAUGGGCCACAGCAUGGGUGGACAUGGAGCUCUGAUAUGUGCUUUAAAAAAUCCUGGUUUAUACAAAACGGUUUCUGUUUUUGCACCUAUAUGUAAUCCAAUUUUGUGCCCAUGGGGCAAGAAAGCUUUUACUGGUUAUUUUGGUGGACCAGAGACCAAUGCUGUAUGGAAAGAUUGGGAUGCUACAGAACUGGCUAAAAAGUAUAACGGGCCCCCAUUGGAAAUUUUAAUCGAUCAGGGAAAGGAAGACACGUUUUUAAAAGAUGGGCAAUUAUUGCCAGAAAAUUUCUUAACAGCUGUGAAAGAUGCUAAGUUAUCACUGACUCUUAGAUUUCAAGAGGGCUAUGAUCACAGUUAUUUUUUUAUAUCAACGUUCAUCGAAGACCAUAUUAAACAUCAUGCCAAAUAUCUUAGAACCUAGUUCAGCAGACACUAUUUUAUUUAAAACAUAUUUUAUAUAAAAAAAAAGAUGUCUUAUAUUGAAAGUGGAAUGAACGAAGAGAGAAACGAGAAUUAAUUAUGUAAAUAAAUUAUGACUGUACAGGCUGCAGACUUACUCCUUUUAAAUUUUUGAAUUCUUCAUAAUAUUUGUAGGAAAGGUAAGCAAUGAUUGUGAAAAAUAUAAUGAAUAUUUGGAAUAUUAAUUUGUGUAAAUUGCACUUGCAUCAUUGCGUCGAACAAAAAAAAAUUAUGUUACCAAAAGAUCCCAUAUAGUAGAUCCAAUUCUUCUAAAAUAACCCUGUUUGUUUUCGUAUAAGUAUUAUUAAAUCUAUCAAAAUUUUAUCGACGAGCAAAUUUGUGAUCAAUUGUGUUACUAUAUUUGUACGAACUACAUCUUGAGAUUCAUUCGUAGCAGCUUCUAAUUCAUUGUGAUAUGCUUCGACAAAUACUUUAUACCUUUAAAUUCAUGGCUGU